GAACAAACAUGGCAGCCCUCUUGAGCCGGCUGCACCACGUUUCCAUCCAUGUCUCCAACGCUGAGAGAAUAGCGGCCGAGCUCAGCUCUAAAUUCAAGUUUAAUUUGUUUGCCGCCAGGUUCACCGGCAGGUCCCGGCAGCUGGCUUUCAGGAAAGGAGCGGCGGUUUUCGUCGUGAAUGAGAGACCAACUCAGGGAAGUGUGGGAUUGAAUGAAGGGCCGGGCGCUUUGGACAAACACGGUCCACGCCGGGUGGACGCGGGGAAGCGCACGCCGGGUGGCUCCUCCGCGUGUCUCUACGACGUGAGCCCUCGUCACCCGGUGGACACUGUGAGCAACGUGUGCUUCGAGGUGGAGGAUGUGGAAAGGUCAUUCAAGGUGCUUCGCCAUCUGGGCUGCAACUUCCUGGUGCCUCCGACCACGGUGGAGGAUGAGGAUGGUCCCGUCACCUACUCGGUGGUUAAAUCCGUGGUGGGAAACGUGUGCCACACGCUCAUCGACAAGACCAAGUACAGGGGAGUCUUCUUGCCUGGGUUUGAUUUCACUGUGAAGGACUCAGAGGGAGAGGACGUGUCUUGCCCUGUCACACACUUUGAUCACAUAACCUACGCCUGUCCCAGAGGAACCACCCAGCAGGUCAUGAGCUGGUACGAGAAGCUCUUUGGCUUUCAGAGGUUCUUCAUUGACAGUAAUGAAGAUGUUGAUGAAGGUUUUGUCGUAAACCAGGAGGGCAUCGGACUGCGACUCACUGCCAUGCAGUACUGGAAGUGCAGCGAAGCCGGAAUCGCUCUUCCCUCUGUGGACAAAAAAGACCCAGACUGCAAGUUUGUCAUUGCAGAAUCGCUGCCCGAUCAAGGCAGCAACCAGGUCGACACCUUCUUGGAGCAGCAUCAAGCCCCGGGGGUCCAGCACAUCGGACUGUACACCAAAGACAUAGUCUCUACUGCACACACCAUGGCUAAAGCUGGCGUACAGUUCUUCUCCCCUCCUCCGGCCUAUUACACUGAGGUGGGAAAACAGCAGGAAAUAGAAGAAGCAGGACACAGUCCCCAGAUGCUGGCACAGCAUGGCAUUCUCCUGGAUACAGACCUGCACCAGGAUCCCUUAUCGCAGACGGCAUCCAGCGAAAACAGAAGAUACCUCCUCCAGGUGUUCACAAAGCCCAUAUUUGCAGAGGACACCUUCUUCCUGGAGCUGAUUGAGCGAAGAGGGGCGACAGGUUUUGGCGAGGGGAACAUCAGGGCGCUGUGGAGGUCUGUGCAGGCGUACAUGGAGAACGAGAGGACGGAUUCUCGAGGAGAGGGACCUCCAAAAACUGUGCAAACCGCUCCGUAUUAGCUGGUCCAGAAAUUUAUAUCAGGGUUUUUUUUUUCCUCUAUGUUUUUUAUAACAAUGUGAGAGCCCUUACCGGGGAAAAUAUGUAAAAUGGUUUAAGACAACUUGAUUGUAAUAUAUUUACAUGACUUUUCUACAAGUGGUAAAUCUGAAGAUGCUUAUUGCACUGCUAACAAUAUAACUGUCCGUUAUACACUGUAUUAGUAUUUAUCCUUGAACCUGACUGAGCUGACUGAUGACACUAAGCGCAAAAGUGUUGCGAAUCAAAUGAUACGUUCUGUCCUCGAAAAAAAUGUCUCAAGAAAAUUACACUUGCUGUAGCAGUAAAAUGAAUGUCUUUGUUUUCACUGAAUCAAAGCAGACCAAAUGACUCCAGAGCAACUGUUCCACAAUAAAUCUGUUCCUCACAGUA